AUGGCUUUCGCCCAGGCGAUUUACAUCCUCGUGCGACUCUCGCUCUUCUUCGCGUCCUUCACGUGGCGCCACUGGAUCGGCCUCGUUAUAACGACAUUCGCGUACAAGACGUGCUUCGACCAGAUCGCGUCGCUGGCGGAGGCCACGUACGACGAGACGGGGCAGCUCAUCGACGGCGGCAGCGACCUCAACAUGGGCGGGCUGUGCGGCUAUCUGCAUGACAUCAUAUACAUCACCGCUUUCGUCCAGAUCGCCUCCAUUCUAUCUGACUGGUUCUGGCUCAUCUACCUCAUUAUCCCGGGCUUUGCAUUGUGGAAGCUAUGGGAGCUCGUGCUCUACCCCUACUUCUUUCAAAAAGUGGAACCUGGAGAGGAAGAUCCGAGAGAUAGGAAGAAGAGGGAGAAAAUGGAGCGUAAAGCAGACAGGGCUGCACGGUUAUCCAAGGGACGGUGA